GAGACUCAGACAGUCGUUGUCACUGAGCGAGAGGUGAAAUGGCGCAGAAAGGAGUUCAGCUGGACCGGGAAACCUUCUCUUGUUCCAUCUGUCUGGAUCUACUGAAGGAUCCGGUGACUACUCCCUGUGGACACAGCUACUGCAUGAACUGUAUUAAAAGCCACUGGGAUGUAGAGGAUGGUAAGUCCAGCUACAGCUGUCCUCAGUGCAGGAAGACGUUCACAUCGAGGCCUGUCCUGCUGAAAAGCACCAUGUUAGCAGAUUUAGUGGAGGAGCUGAAGAAGACUGGACUCCAAGCUGCUCCUGCUGAUCACUGCUAUGCUGGAGCUGAAGAUGUGGCCUGUGAUGUCUGCACCGGGAGAAAACUCAAAGCACACAAGUCCUGUCUGCAAUGUCUGGCUUCUUUCUGUGAGAAACACCUCCAGCCGCAUUAUGAAUCAGAGACAUUCAAGAAACACAAGCUGGUGGAGCCGUCCAAGAAGCUCCAGGAGAACGUCUGCUCUCGUCAUGAUGAGGUGAUGAAGAUGUUCUGUCGUACUGAUCAGCAGCUUAUCUGUUAUCUCUGCUCUGUGGAGGAACAUAAAGGCCACGACACAAUAGUGGCUGUCAGCCACCUGAGGGAGACGUGCAGAGAGAUUGCACAGUGUCGUUUCCCAGCACAGAAGGAAAAGGACGAAGUUACGUAA